AUGGCAGAGAACCCGAACGAAGAGAAGGAAACCGUCCGAGUGACCUCCUCCUGCUGGUUAAGCAAAAGAAAGAUAAGCAGCCUGAACAGGAACAAGCAUAAAGGAAAGGAGGACGGUUCCGCUGGGGGGAUCAAAAUAAGAGUCCCUAAUUUUAACAUAUGUUUGACGUCCCUAAGUUUUCCAAUUAUAAAGUUAAAGAAUGACUUGGAGCGUAUCAGCGAAAAUAAGCAGAUAAAACGGUUGAGGGAGAACAGAGGAGGCCAGAAGGGGCGCGCGAAUGGCUCUUCUGACAGGAGGGGGGAGGCAACACAGGAGAUGUGCGGAACGUUGGAAAACUGCCACACACGCCAGGGAGGCCCCACCAAUGAUGAUGAAGUCUGCUCCAUGCUACUUCGGAGCAAGGCAUUCAACGAGACGUGGAGAGUUAUGAACAACUACAUGAACUGCUUUGUCUACAACUACGUUAACGAGAUGGUCGAUAGGGAAAUAAACUUUCUGAACAAAAAUUUGUGCCUCCGGGAUGAUAAGGUGUCCCUGCUCAUCGUGAGGACGCAGACUUGCCCCUUCGUGAAUCUGCUACAGUACCGGGCGCUCUCUCAGAAGCUGAAGGAGGUGAAUGGGUGCGUGGAAGGGGUGGCACCGAAUGGGCGAAGAGAUCGCGGAAGGGCGGCGGCGGAUGGGCGAAGAGAUCGCGAAAAGGGCGCCCAUGUGGGGGAUGAAGCCGAAAAAGAGGCACCCGUAGAUGCGGACGAAGCGGCUACCUCCCCGCCAGACAACACAAACACGUUCACAUACAAAACGAUUGACAACCGAGUGCUGACGUACACGCUGCUGCGGAAGCAGAGGCAUGUCACGUCUUGCAUCGUCAACCUCUACACACAUGACAGCGUGGAAAGCAUAAUCAUAAGGAUUAUAAAAAAAAUAAACCGCAAAUGUUUCAUGAAGAUUGACAAAAAUAACAUGAAGGAAUUAUUUCUAAAAAUGGUGAAAAAGAAGAAAACAGUACUGAUCAUAUUUUUAAAAAAUUAUAUCAAAUUGAAGUCUUCCACUUUUAGUGGCCUCCUCCUUUACCUUCUACAUUUGAAGGAAAUCAAUUCAAUAGACAUAAGUGUUAUCAUUACAAAUAAUUGUGUACUCUCCGCAUUAAGCAACUUGGAUUAUUUCGUAAAAAAAAAUGUCCACGUAAAUAUCUGCAAUUUGUACUUAAAUUAUUACCACUUGAUAGAGAAUAUCAUGUUCCAUCCAUUUUUUAAUAACGUCCUAUUUAAGCUAAAAGAAUAUUAUCCAAUUAUCGAUCAUCUUUACUUCUUAAAUCAUGACAUGAGUUUUAUGCAAGUAAAAUAUUUCUUUUACAUGUUUGUACGAGAUUUCUUUGACAAAAAAAUUCUGUCUUUUCUUAAUGCCCCUCUGAUUUAUUUUUCCAAACUUCGAAAAGGGAGAAACAACCUACACGAUCCCUGUCCAGAGGGCGGAGAAAAAUACACCAAAAAGUUUAGCACCUUGAAGGAAGAGAUAUCCAACUAUUUGAAUCAACUUCACGUGGGGGACCUUCAGCAGAAGUUUGUCUUGCUUCUCUACGCGAGUAAUUUUUAUGAGGCGCACCUUAACCAUUUGAAGUGGAAGGGCAAGCACCAUACCAUCUACCUCAUGAGUGAGGUGUGCGCGGGGGGGGAGGGAAGCCCAAAUGUUGGGGAGAAGAGCCAUACUGGGCCGAUUAUCCCCAUCUGUGAAGACCCGGCCGAGGGGCAAAAAACCCUACCAAAUGAGCAGAAUGGUCCCCCUCCCAUGAAGAAGAGGCAGAUCGAAGAGAAACCAACCACAGGGAAGGGGAAAAACAAGAGAGAGCUGCUAACAGAGGAGAAGAAUAACCACAUCCGAGAUAAGCCUCUUCCGACCAGCAAAAAACUUUCCAAAAAGAGGAAAAUAAAAAAUGACUUCUUCUACAACUGCAUAAGGCAUCUCAAUUUUUCGAAAAGUGAUCGGGGAGGGAACUACCAAGGAGAGGAAACCAAUGGGGGGGGGCGUACCAUGGGAGGAAGUGCAGAAAAGGAAGGCACUGUGCAGAAUGGCGUGUCCCCUAUGUGGAAGCAUCCAAAGGGCAAAAGUGAUUUUCCAAACAGAGGGGUUAAUGAAAGCUCCUAUCAUCGAGACCAUCCAAAGGAUGAAAAAAUUUCCAUGCACGAGAUAAUCCAACUGAUGCAGAGGGAUUCCAUAAGGAGGACACUCAAAUCGAGCGACCAUUUCCGAAGCUGUUACUUUCAAAAUUACGUUUCGCGUAAUAACUUGGCCGAAUGUCUGUCCCCCAUGAACAGAAUAGUGAACCGAGAUUUCAUGGACGACUGUAACGUCGUAAAAGUGUAUGUCGUAAAUAACCUCACGGAGCAUAUGAAAGGGGAGCACAACUUCGACGGCCUUGAGGUGCUAAAGAAGGAGUGGAAAAAUAAUGAGUACUGGAAAAUUCAGCAGUACGAAAGUGUGUUGGCGCGGAUGGAAGGGAAAAUUCAGAAUGGAAAAGGGAAAGGGAGUAAAAAAACGGCGCCCCUGGGGAGAGGCGGCCAAAGAGACAACCUGGGGAGAAACCGAAAUGGACAGGUCGACCCCCAAGUGGCCCUCCUCUACCUGCACAAAUGCCUUGCAAAAUCGAUCAGCAAAAGAAUGAUCGCACUUUUGUAUAAAAAAAAAAAAUACAACAUGUGUCUUUCCAUCAUCAACACGAUUUUAAAAAACAUCCCCGCGUACUCCUCCAUGAGAAAAAGAGUCCACAUUCUGAAAGACUUAUUUAAAAAGUACGAGAACAAAUUUUUCAUUUACAACGUGAAUGAUCUCACCAAGGCAAAUGACGAAAUUGAAAAAGAAUUUAAACAAAUGCUAAAUACCAUUUGUGAUAUUUUAUUAAAUCUGUACAUGGGAAAAAUUAAUGUGUUAAAAAAAAUCCUAAAUGAUAUUUCGUCCUUUUUGGAAAGCGUCAAGUAUGUUAUUAAAUUGGAAGAGUACAUAACGGAGAAGGACUUCUCCGGAUUGAAUUUAGAAAUGUUCGUAAAAAAAAUGAACGUUUUAAUCGUCUUCUUCGAUUUUUUUAUCAAUUUGAAGAAAAAAAAAUGCCAAGAUAAAAUCACCCCACACGAAUACCGAAGGGGCAAUUCCAAUCCAGACAGGGGGUCACCAUUGGGGGAAAAUAAUUCCUACUCGCCAAUCAGCACGUAUUGUGGAGAAGUAAAGAAAAUGGGGACUCCCCUGAGGUGUGACGGGACGUAUGAAAUGGGAGAGAAAGGCCACCAACACAGGGGCAUCACCACGGUAGGGGAUGGAAGCCAAAAUGGUAACACACAGAACGUUAGCGAUUGCUUUGGAACGAAGAAGAUCCAUCUGGAUAGCUUCUCCCAGAGCGAGCUUGAAAAUAAUAAAGUGGCCAACCUAUUGAGCAAAAUGAGCGAGUCGGAUAUGGACCUGACUCUGCUCGAAUUUGUCUUCAUCUUUUUUGGCGAAUUUUUCUACUUCCUCCUGAUGCCAUGUGUAUUUCUCCUCCCCUUGGUAAACACAUGUAUCGCACACGACCAUUCCCCUGACGCACAGGAUUUACUAAACAGAAAUUUGCGAAUGAAGAUUCUGCACGUUCUUUACCACAACAAGUUAGAAUUAAAAGAUCUGAACAACCCCAGCUGCACUGGAUGGUCAAAGUUCAGCCCCUAUAAUGAGGCAAACAAUUGCGUACUUGAAAAAAGUGACCGAGGUGGGGACCCCCAAGAUUUGGGAGACCAGCUAGCCAAGAGAAAAGGGGAAGGGAACAUCCUCCUCCCCUGCGAUGUGUUGCAAAACGGGAGCCAAAUGGAAGACAUGGUGAUUAUGUUUCACAUUGUGCAGAAGUGGAACGCGAGACAUCUCAAUGUGUGCAGCAUGUUUGUUGAGUAUGUGAAUGUGAAGCUGAGCUGGAUCGGAGAGGGUGGGGAUGGUGGGGACGGCGGCGCUACCAUCCGCAGCAGCAGAAGCAAUCGUCACCGGAGUAGUACCCUUCAAGGCAGUCCCCGUCGGGGCAGAACACCUGCGCCGGAUGUGACCACCCUCCACUGCGAAUCCUUCCAAGAAUUGUUCUACAAUUUCGUCAUUGCGACAAUGUCCCUUUUUUAUUAUUUGAAAAUCAUCCACAUCCCAUCCACCUUUGUGAAGGGAAAAGAAGAAGCACAGGUGUCUCCAUCAUUCAGUUGCAAAGAUUGGGCCUCAACUAGCAGAGACAAAGAGAACCACAUGAUUCGUGCGAAUGCAGAUGGAGACUCACCAAACGGACAACGUCGUCAGAAGGGCGCGAACGUCUUGAGCACGUCGCGGGGUAAACCACUCCAUGAUUUGGCGGAGGGGGCCCAACCGAAUAGCGAUGAGGAGAUUGCCAAACCCCCCAUGGCACACGUAAACGGGGAAGCCGACCAAAAAUACAAAAAUUAUAUACUGGACAUGUUGGGGAGCAUCAACAUACGGAGGUUGAUAUUUGGGCGGGGUAACCAAAACACGUACUCCUUCGAUAUCAUCAACAAGAAUACCUGGUACAGCGUCGCCAAGGAGAUUUUCGAAGCCACGACGCCGUGCAACUUUACGGUUAUCCCGUCGAGUUAUGUGAAUAAUUCAGCUGCGGUUGGAAGCUCAGAAGACUCCGUUUUGUUGAUAAGAAAGAAGCUAAAGGAUACUAGCGAGAGCGUUGAGGAGGGUACCGGCGAAGGGAUCAUUACAGAUAGCAGUAGCACCUCCGCUAGUGGGAAGGAAAGCCCCGCAAAGGAGUCAAAACUCAAUUUCAGUACCAAUUUCGAAGGGGACGACUACGAAAAGUUAAAGAACAAUCUUUCCCUUAUCGAUAAAUCCCUACGUGAGGAAUCCGCCUCGGAAGCGAACACAAAAAUGGAAGACGACAAAGUGGGGGGUAUAAAUCAUGAGGAGGAAAUUACCUUGCAGAUGCCGGAAGAAUACAUGCCCCAAAACAUUUCAGAAGUGUUAAUCGGAGCAGUAGAAGAGGAUCGCUCCUACUCCCUAAACGGUGAUGAGCCAUGUGAUACUUACCUCAAAUUAGGCGAAAUAAUAAACGGGACAAAUGAAAGAACGAUCGAAUUUAGUUUACAAAAAAACAAAGUACUAUGUGUGCAUUUAGAAGCCAUUGGUGGAAAUGGCUAUCUGUGGGCCUUGUUAGGAGUGCAUAAAGAGAAGCCCCAAAUAAACCCAGAGGAAUUCCCAAGAAAAAAAAUUACAAAGUCCUUUUUCACAAACGAAAUUUCCGUCACGCAGCCCAAAGCAAUACCAAAGAACAAGUUAAACAACGGAGGUGAACAUUCUUCCAAUUCAGGAGGGUAUGGGAAGCCUCAUGAGAGUGAACGCUUGGGAGGAUUCGUUGGAGGCAGAUCCACGUUACAGAGCAUGGUGAAGGCACACAAGGCAGGAACUUUUUUCAUCGUUUAUUCUUAUUAUAGACCCUUUGACCCCACUGCCAAUGCGAACACGAAGAUAUUGCAGUUGACUGUGUCGUAA